AUGGAGAGGGAGGCAAGCCAACUUGAGAGGGAUCACAUUCAUAGUGUAUAUGAGAAAAUUGCUUCUUACUUCAGUGACACACGCUACAAGGCAUGGCCAAAGGUGCAGCAGUUCAUUUCACAGCAGGAACCAGGCAGCCUGAUUGCUGAUAUUGGCUGUGGAAAUGGCAAAUACCUUCACAUCAGUUCUCAAGUCUAUAAGGGUUGUGACUACUGUUUCGCAUUGAUGGAAUCAGCAUGAAAUGAAGGCCAUGAAGUAAUGAUAUGCCAUAGCUUUCUGCCUUAUCAAAGUGAGUGCUUCAAUGCUGUCCUGUCCAUCGGAGUGAUUCACCAUUUUUCAACGGAAGAGAGGCACAUGCGAGCAAUAAAAGAGAUGGCUUGCAUCUUAGGAAUAGGAGGCCAGAUAAUGAUAUAUGUGUGGGCAAUGGAGCAAAACCGGAGAACGUUUGAAAAGCAAGAUGUCUUUGUUCCUUGGAAUCCUUCACCUCCUUCUUGCUCCUUGAAACAAAAGAAUGACAGGCUCUUCGCUGCAGAAAGCAGCGAUGAGCGCACCCUGACCACACAGAGCCAGCAGCAGACAGGUCCUGGUGGGGCCUGGCUGAGGUACCACCACGUUGUUAAAGAAGGGGAGUUGGCUGAGCUGACAGAGCGUCCUAUCCCUGAGAUACAUGUUAUUCAUUCAUACUUUGACCAUGCCAAUUGGAGUGUGUUCGCAGAAAAGACUGAAGUGUGUAAAAUCUAG